AUGGCUACCGACAGCGGACGCGGAAACCCCAUUGGCGCCACUGAGGGCCUCAAGGAGGAAGCGCCUCCUGCCGUCUCGAACGAAACCAAGGCCCAGGUCUCCUCGACGUCCGCCACCCAUGCCGCUGGCCAGGAUGCCGGUGCUGCUGCCGGCGCACCCCCGAAGGUGAAGACCGAGAAGGAGUUGGAGAAGGAGCGCAAGAAGGCCGAGAAGGACGCGAAGUUCAAGCAGAAAAUGGCCGAAAAGGCCGCAAAGGCUGCCGCCGCGCCCGCCACGUCCAAGAACAAGGAGAAGAAGGCCAAGGCCGAGAAGAAGGAGGAAGAGGCCAUCCCUGAAUACGUUGAAGAUACCCCCAAAGGAGAGAAGAAGCGCCUCAAGUCUCUUGAAGACCCUCACUUCAAGGCCUACCACCCCGAAGCCGUCGAGAGCGCCUGGUACGACUGGUGGGAGAAGGAGGGUUUCUUCAAGCCCGAGUUCACUGCCGAGGGCAAGAUCAAGCCUGCGGGCAAGUUCGUCAUUGCUCAUCCCCCGCCCAACGUCACCGGUGCUCUGCAUCUCGGCCACGCCCUCGGCGACUCCCUUCAGGAUAUCAUGAUUCGAUGGAACCGCAUGUUGGGCAAGACGACCCUCUGGAUCCCCGGCUGCGAUCAUGCCGGUAUCUCGACACAGAGCGUUGUCGAGAACAUGCUCUGGAGAAGAGAAGGAAAGACCCGCCACGACUUGGGCCGCGAGGACUUUGUCGACAAGGUGUGGACCUGGAAGGGCGAGUAUCACGACAAGAUCAACGCUGCUCUCCGGAAGAUGGGAGGAAGUUUCGACUGGAGCCGUGAGGCCUUCACAAUGGACGCGAACCUGUCUGCCGCCGUGGCCGAGACCUUUGUCAGACUCUUCGAGGAGGGUACCAUUUACCGUGCCAACAGACUCGUCAACUGGUCUUCCAGACUCACUACUGCCCUGUCAAACCUCGAGGUCGUCAACAAGGAGCUGUCUGGUCGCACGUUGCUGGAGGUUCCGGGCUACGAAAAGAAGAUCGAGUUCGGUGUUCUAAUUCACUUCAAGUACCCCAUUGAGGGUUCUGACGAGACCAUCGAGGUUGCCACUACCCGUAUUGAGACGAUGCUCGGUGAUACUGGUAUUGCCGUCCACCCUGAGGACCCCAGGUACUCACACCUCGUUGGCAAGAAGGCUAAGCACCCCAUCAUCGAGGGUCGUCUGCUGCCCAUUGUUGCCGACACCUAUGUUGACAAGGAGUUCGGUACCGGCGCUGUCAAGCUGACCCCUGCGCACGACCCCAACGAUUUCAACCUUGGCCAGAAGCACAAGCUUGAGUUCAUCAACAUCCUUACCGAUGACGGUAACAUCAACGAGAACGGUGGCAAGUACAAGGGCCAGAAGAGAUUCGACGUCCGAUACGCCAUCCAAGAAGAGCUCAAGCAGCUCGGCCUUUACGUCGACAAGAAGGACAACGCCAUGACUAUUCCUCUCUGCGAACGCUCCAAGGAUGUCAUUGAGCCUCUCCUCAAGCCCCAGUGGUACAUGAGCAUGCGCAGCAUGGCCGACGAUGCCGUUGCUGCUGUUAAGGACGGCAGAAUCAAGAUUCGCCCCGAGUCUUCCGAGCGCAGUUUCUACGCUUGGAUGUCCAACAUCAAUGAUUGGUGUAUUUCUCGUCAGCUCUGGUGGGGUCACCGCUGCCCCGUCUACCUGGCCAAGGUUGAGGGCGAGAAGGCGGAUCCUUUGGACAACAAGCAGUGGUUCGCUGGCAAGACUCUCGAAGAGGCCGAGGCCAAGGCCAAGGCUGCCCUUCCGGGCAAGAAGUUCACCCUCGAGCAGGAUGAGGAUGUUCUCGACACCUGGUUCUCCUCGGGCCUGUGGCCUUUCUCGACCCUGGGUUGGCCCAACAAGACCCAGGAUCUGGAGGAGCUCUACCCCACUUCUGUUCUCGAGACUGGCUGGGACAUCUUGUUCUUCUGGAUCGCCAGAAUGGUGAUGCUCGGUAUCAAGCUCACUGGCCAGGUCCCCUUCACUGAGGUCUACUGCCACAGCCUCGUCCGCGACUCGGAAGGUCGCAAGAUGAGUAAGAGUCUGGGCAACGUCAUUGAUCCGUUGGAUGCCAUUGCUGGUAUCAAGCUCGAUGACCUCCACGCCAAGCUUCGCGUGGGCAACCUUCACCCGAGUGAGGUCGCCAAGGCCGAGAAGUACCAGAAGUCGGCCUUCCCCGAUGGUCUCCCUCGCAACGGCGCUGACAGUCUGCGCUUCACCAUGGCUGCCCUUACCUCGACAAGCGGUGAUGUCAACUUCGAUGUCAAGGUCAUGACUGGCUGGAGAAAGUUCUGCAACAAGAUCUGGCAGGCGUCGAAAUACGUCCUCGGCAAGCUGCCUGCGGACUUUGUUCCCACUAAGGAGCCUGCUGUUGGUGUCACCCUGGCCGAGCGCUGGAUCCUGCACAAGCUCAACACCGCCGCGAAGGAGAUCAACGCCGCCCUGGCCGAUCGUGACUUCCAGCAUGCUACUGGUAUCGUGUACCAGUACAUCCUGAACUUCCUCUGCGAUGUCUACAUCGAGAACAGCAAGUCCAUCAUCCAGGACGGCACACCGGAGGAGGCUGCCAGCGCCAUUCAGACCCUCUACACCGCCCUUGAGGGUGCGCUGACAAUGAUCCAUCCCUUUACACCCUUCCUCACGGAGGAGCUGUGGCAGCGCCUGCCCCGCCGCCCCGAUGACAAGACCAAGUCCAUCAUGAUUGCCAGCUACCCCGUCUACGAUGCCAAGUUUGACGACCCCAAGUCCGAGGCCGCCUACGAGCUUGUCCUGGGAUGCUCCCGUGGUGCCAGAUCGCUUAUGAGCGAGUACGCCCAGAAGGAGGAGAGCAGAAUCAUCAUCCAAUCCCACGAUGCUACCUCACUCCAGACAAUCAACGAGCAGGUCGCCUCCAUUAAGACGCUCAGCGGCAAGGGCGUCACGGGCAUCGACAUCAUCGGCGCCGAUGCUGCUCGUCCCGCCGGCUGCGUUGCCUUCCCUGUGGCCUCGUCUGCCUCCGUGUACCUGCAUGUCAAGGGCCGUGUCGAUCUCGACGCCGAAAUCGAGAAGGCGAAGAAGAAGCUCGACAAGGCUCGCUCCAACAUUGACAAGCAACACAAGGUGCUCAACGACCCCAUCUACAAGGAGAAGGUCGCCGAGGCCGUUCAGAAGUCAGACAAGCAGAAGCUGGUCGACCUCGAGUCUGAGGCCAGAGGUUUCGAGGGUACCAUUAAGCAGUUCGAGCAGCUCAAGCUCGAGUAA